CACACACAGAUCAUGGUGCUUUAGAAUCUUCUUACAAGGGCAUUCAUCAUCCUUUGGUUAAAAAAAAUGCACCUGUGUGUGUUUCAAACAUUUCAGAAACUGAUGAGACCACCAGCGCUGACAUCACACCUAGAGAAGAUGGCAUCCUCUGCAUUGUUGGUGUUGCUGGUGCUUCAGUAUGGAUUUGGGAGCUCCCAUAAACAUCUUCAUGAAGAUCAUUAUAUUGGCCAGCAGCACAACCCUGAACAUGACAUGAACGUCCUGCUGGGAGACAAGGACACUGAGGAGAUAAAGAAACUUAGCCCAGCAGAACAGAGGAAAAAAAUAAUGGAAAUUGUAAAGAAGAUUGAUACAAAUGCUGACAAUCUGCUAAGCGCAGAGGAGCUCACGCUAUGGAUUCAGCAUGUCUAUAGAAAAUAUGCUCUGGAUGAUGCGAAGGAGCGGUUCCCUGAGUUUGACACUGACAAAGACGGUGUUGUAACAUGGGAGGAAUACAACAUGGUCGCUCAUGACCAGCUCAUUAGCUUUGAUGACAACACUGUUCUGGAAGAUCCAGAGCAAGAGUCUCUCAGACAUCUGCAUCUGAAGGAGAGGAGGCGCUUUGACUUUGCCGAUGCCGACCGCACAUCCGGACUUAAUGUGACAGAGUUUCUUGCCUUCACUCACCCAUCUGAAGUGGAUCACAUGGCUGAUUUUGCCAUUGAAGAUGUGUUGGGUGAAUAUGACACAGACAAAGAUGGAUUCAUCAGUCUAAGUGAAUUUAUUGGAGAUGUUCGAGGUGAAGGGGAUUCCCCUUCACAGUGGGAGAUCGAAGAAACAGUACGGUUUAAAGACCUCUAUGAUCAAGAUAAGGAUGGCAAGUUGAAUCGAGAGGAGCAGCUGCGCUGGGUUGCACCCAAUAGUUACGGUUCAGCAAGAGAAGAGGCUCUUCACCUUCUCAAGGAGAUGGACCACAAUGCAGACGGGCAGAUCUCAGAGGCAGAAGUUUUGAAAAAUCAAGAAACAUUCAUGAACAGUGAAGUGACAGACUUUGGCAGACAGCUGCAUGUAUCACAUGAUGAAUUAUAACAAUACGUUCUAUGUUCUUGUUUAUCGUAGAGUUUCCUCAUUUGUUUCCAUGGAGGUGCUAUGUUGUUUAUUUCCUGUGUUUUACUUUGACAUUAGUCACAUGUAGUCCCUACAUGCAUAUACUGAUAGGGAGGUUCAACUGGGAAUAUGAUUUGUUUUAAUUUACACUUAUCGAACAUUUUGUGUUGAAUUGUGGUCAUGUGUCAUCGUUAGUUGGCCUUUUACAUGUGCCAAAAGUGAACUGACAAUAGUAUCAGUCCAAUUGUGGUUAGAGACAUGUUGCAGCUCUUCCUCAUUUAAAUCAUCUUGGUGAGUGAGUGAGUGAGUGAGUGAGUGAGUGUUGCUGUGUGAAGCCUGGUUUCCUGAAUGUGUCACGAUCCGUUUCACUUGCACCAAGCAACAGCCGGUUACACUACUGGGUGUAAAGAAAGGAACUUAAAGUUGAGUGGACUCUCCAAAAAGGACUAUUUUCUUACAGCUGCCAAGAUGACAUUACAAUUUAAAGAUGCCUUUUGGGUGAGUUAAAGUGAUUGAACUUACCCCUACGUUUUUUUAUGAUGUUUAUGUUGAGCUGUUGACCCUGAGUUUUUACUAAGGUGUGAAGUCAGUGUUUUAUUCAGUAUGUUCACUGGUGUACCUUUCCACUUCUGCUGUAUUUAUGCUUUUCAUUUUGUCUGGAUAGGAUCUACUGUACCAUAUACUUGUAAACUAUUUAGAUAUCUGUAGCCUAUAUUUUAAUACAGUUAGCUAAACACUU